UGGUAUACACUGAUGUAAGGUAGAGCGGUGAUAUACAGGACAAUACUGGGGAACUCGCAUUAAUAGUAGAGAUAUCCUAUAGAAAGAUCAGGCAAUCUCCAGCUGGCAGUUCAUUCUGGGACUAGUAGUUCUACAGAUUGUCUACUUCAAUCUCCCAUUUAUAUCCCCAGAUGAAUGUGCUGGACUGAAUGAGGGGUAAGGAUUGAUGCCAUGUACAAUACCCUCUGUUCACAGUACCGCCACCAUGCCUAAACGGCAGAAGAUAACCGCAGAGCUGGCGCUCGACUUAACCCCUUCCUCUCUGCAUCUGCUGAAGAGAGCUCAACUGCAGCAGCACUGCAAGAAGCUGGGCCUGCGAGGAGGAGGAAAGAACACAGAGCUCGUCCAGAGACUGCAAGAGUACUUCACGGAAGCCGCAAGCAGUGAGCAGCAGCAGUCUCCGCGGACCCCUCCUCCGGACAGACGGGAUGAUACCCGGGAAGAGCAGCCAGGAGGAAGAGGCUGGUGUGUGGUCCACGGGCAGGAGCUGACUAUUGACCGCUGGUAUCCGCUUUCUCUGCGCUGUGGCCGUGUCUGUGUUACCAGCAGUGGCUCUUACAUCUCCCUGCACCUGGUGCCCUCCUCUAUGCCCACCCCCCCGGGCCUCACAGACAACCUCAUUUGCGGCGUGUGCAUGGAAAGAAAUGGAGAGAAGGAAUCUCGCCUGCUGCAAAAGUCUGUUCCACAAGAAAGGACCUACCCUCACAGCGUUCUGCAGAAAUCUGUCGGAGCAUCUCGUUCCUGCAAGUCUGGCCGAUUCCAUCCCCAGGAGGACCCGGAGUACGCACGCAGGGUGGAUGAGCUUCUUGACCAAAUGGCAAUGGGACACGUGGACUCGGAGAAGGUGUUGCAGCCUUUCUGCCCGGCUGUUGUGCAUUCUCCCCUUGGGAAGCAAGAGAGCAGCCCGGUUCCUAUAUAACGCCUGGAACAAGAUGAUUACUUUUAAUGUAUCGAAUUAAAAUGGACUAAUUUUACCUCAGAAUUUCACAACUUUUUGCUAAGCUUGAGCAAUUUUGCUAUUUUUGAUUUAUUUCUUCAUAAAGUAGCAAAUAAAAGAAAGUGGUUAUUUUAUUUUUAUUAAAAA